UUUAACCUUUACUUCCAGUACUUCCUGUGUGGUUUUCUGUUGUUCGUAGUUCUCUUCGUAGGUUGCAUCCUCGGGUACGCCUUCCGAGGCCGAGCUGUGGAAUCUCUCAAAGAGAACCUAUACGAGGCGAAGUUUGAUUACGGACGGCGACGCAUCAUAACCGUAUCCUGGGAUAUGGUUCAGGAAGAUCUUCAGUGCUGCGGUGUAACCGGGUUUCUCGAUUGGCACGAGCGGAUCCCGGACUCAUGCUGCCAGGACGAUUAUGGUGGCCGGAAGCGUCCCUGCCAACAGUUGCAGACUUCGUUGACGAUCUUCAAGAACGGCUGCUUGGAUGUCGUCACCCGAGAGCUGCUCAAGAAUGCUAGCAUCCUGGGAGCGGCUGGAAUGGGGCUGGCUCUGGCGUUAAUCCCCGGUAUCGUGAUGGCUUACUACAUGCUGGCGACACUUUGAGGUCGUUUUUAUGCUUUUUUGCGCAUUGAGAGGUGAAUCAACGGCAAUCUAUUGGUUAUAUAAUCGAGUCAUUUCAUGGGAAUUGAUAUGAGCUCAAAUCGCUUAUAUCGUUGUUCAAAUAAAUAUUAUAUCGAUAGUAUAAGUUAAGUAAAAUAGCCAUAUUUGCGAGUUAUUCGUAGUGCAUGUUGUUCGUAUCCCGUGCAAAAAUAUAAAAAAAAUAAAUAAAUUUGAAAAUGCU